AAGUGAAGAUUUUCUUGUACAGCACUAUGUUUGUCUUUUCAUGCAGACGCCACUCUCAGCACAUACACUUGCAGCAUGAACAACUCGACUGAGCGUUCCUCUUCAGAGGAAAUGGCCCCUGAGGAGUUUGACGGCGAGACGGCGGUGGCUUGUGUGAUCCUGGGCCUGUCCUUCCUGGUCGGAGCUCCGGGGAACCUGCUGGUGAUCUGGACUAUCCUGAGACACGUCAAGCAGCGUUCACACACUGUGGUGCUCAUCCUGCACCUGGCUGCUGCGGACCUGCUGGUCCUCAUCACACUGCCUCUUUGGAUAUACUCCCUGGUACACACCUGGGUGUUUGGAGAAGCCUGCUGCAAGGCACUGGUGUACAUUGUCAGUGUGUGCAUGUUCAGCAGCAUCUUCUUCAUCACCCUCAUGAGUGUGGAACGCUAUUUAGCCAUCUGUCAUCCAUUUGUGAUGAUGCAAUGGAAGACUGAGAGCCUUAUGAACAAAUGUCUCGCACUUUUGUGGCUCCUUGCUUUGCUUCUAGGAGUGCCUGCUGUACUGACCCAGCCUGUGGAUGAAAGCGAUGGAACUGAGCAGUGUUUUAUCAAAGAAUUCAGCUCUGUGACUCAAGCUAUCAUCUUGUUGUGUCUGGAGACCUUCGGGGGCUUUGUAGUUCCGUUUCUCAUUCUCAGUAUCUGUUACUGUCUCGUAGCUGCCCAGCUCAGGAAAAUGAGUUUCAACUCCAAACAUAAAUCCAUGGUUCUUGUGCACAUCGUGGUGAUAGCCUUCAUGCUUUGCUGGUUGCCUUACCAUAUCGUCAACAUUAUUGAUCUGGUGUGCAUCCUAGGAUCAGGCACAGAACAUGACUGUGCGCAGGAGAGUCUUGUCUUUAGCUUUGGUGCCCUUGUUUUCGUCAGCAGUUCAGUGAAUCCUGUGUUAUACGUCCUCUUCGCGAGGAACUUACGAGGGAGUUUGGAGCAGUCCCGACUGGUCAGGCUGUUUCAGGAAAUGGCCACUCACGCCAACAAACUCAGAGAGCUGGUAGUACAACCAGACCAGAGGGCAGCACAUACACAAGUAGAGCUGAUGUCUGUCUCUGAAAAAGACUGAAUCGCUGAAAUUGUGACGACGGGUAAAUGUGACAUUCGUCUUCUGGAGUUAAUCAAGGGACUAUACUUUACUAUGAAGGACUGUAUAUGAUCUAAGGCUUAGAAAGCCUGUGUGUCACAUGUUAAACAAUGCGAUGACAUCAUUGACACAUACCUUACUCUCCUAUCUUUGUUUAACAUUUAUGUUUGGAUGUCAAUGCAAGUAAACUCAUGACUGCAAUCUUUAUUUGUUUUUCAAUUUGGAUGUUAAUUUAUUGCUCUAUUGUUCACAACUUGAAAAUGAAUAAGUUCCUGUAUUGUGUAAUGUGUUUUAUGUAUUACAAUUACUGAGGCAACUGUUUUCUGACGAAAUACCUCUAGAUCAGGGGUCGGGAACCUUUUUGGCUGAGAGAGCCAUAAAAGCCAAAUAUAUUUAAAUGUAUUUCCUUGAGAGCCAUUUAUUUAAUAAAAUUGAGUUUUAAGUAUA